AUGUCUGUAAGUGAAAAAGUGUCGUUAUCGGAUGCUCUGAGCAACGUAGAUGUGUUGGAUGAGCUGACUUUGCCGGAUGAACAGCCAUGUAUCGAAGCAGCACCUUGUUCAAUCCUGUAUCAAGCUAAUUUCGAUACUAACUUUGAAGACCGCAAUGGUUUCAUCACCGGUAUCGCAAAGUACAUAGAGGAAGCGACCGUCCACGCCAACUUGAACGAGCUCCUGGAAGAAGGAAAUGCCCACGCAGUCAUGCUGUACACGUGGCGUUGCUGCAGCCGUGCCAUACCUCAGCCCAGGUCCAACGAACAACCAGACCGGGUUCACAUAUACGAGAGGACCGUUCAAGUCCUGGCUCCUGAGGUUGAUAAGCUCUUGCAGUUCAUGUAUUUCCAGCGCAAGGCCAUAGAAAGGUUCUGUGCCGAAGUGCGUCGGCUGUGCCACGCGGAGAAGAGGAGGGACUUCGUCUCCGAAGCCUACCUCCUGACCCUCGGCAAGUUCGUGAACAUGUUCGCGGUCCUCGACGAGCUGAAGAACAUGAAGAGUUCGGUCAAGAAUGAUUACUCGACUUACAGAAGGGCGGCGCAAUUCCUGAAGGUGAUGUCCGACAGUCAGAGCCUGCAGGAGUCUCAGAACCUGUCCAUGUUCCUCGCGACCCAGAACAAGAUCAGAGACACGGUCAAGGACGCCCUAGAGAAAAUUAACGGUUACGAAGACUUGUUGGCUGAUGUGGUCAAUAUAUGCGUGCACAUGUUCGAGACAAGAAUGUAUUUGACUCCGUGCGAAAAACAUAUGCUUGUGAAGGUUAUGGGGUUCGGACUCUUCCUCAUGGACUCAGAGGUGUGCAACAUCAAUCGUUUGGACCAGAAGAAGAAGAUACGUCUGGACCGCAUCGACAGGAUCUUUAAGAACCUCGAAGUGGUUCCACUGUUUGGCGACAUGCAAAUAGCUCCUUUCAAUUACAUCAAGAGAUCGAAACACUAUGAUCCGAAUAAGUGGCCGCUGUCCUCGAGCCCCAACCCGCCCUCGCCGCAGGCCGACCUGAUGGUCCACCUGCCCCAGAUCCGGGAGGAGCAUCAGAACUACAUAUCCGAGCUGGCCCGGUACAGCAACGAGGUGACGACCACUUUCAAAGAGGCGGGUUCGGACUCCGAGAACAAGGCGGUGACGGAGCUCUGUCUGCGCGGCCUGCAGCUGCUGUCCUCCUGGUGCUCGGUGCUCACGGAGCUGUGCUCGUGGAAGCUGCUCCACCCGACGGACCACACCAUCAACGCGCGGUGUCCCCCCGAAGCCGAGGAGUACGAGAGGGCGACGCGUUACAACUACACGUCCGAGGAGAAGUUCGCCAUGAUCGAGGUGAUCGCGAUGAUAAAGGGCCUCCAGGUCCUGAUGGCGCGGAUGGAGACGGUGUUCGCGGACGCGGCCAGGAGGUCCAUAUACGCGGAGCUGCAGGACUUCGUGCAGCUCGUGCUGCGGGAGCCUCUGAGGAAGGCCAUCAAGAACAAGAAGGACCUCAUCCGGAGCAUAAUAGUGUCGGUUCGGGAGACGUGCGGUGACUGGGCGCGCGGCUGCGAGCCUCAGCAGGACCCGGCGCUCAAGGGGAAGAAGGACGGCGAAGCCAGCUUCACCAUCAAGGUGCCCAGGAGGAAUGUCGGUCCCUCAUCGACCCAGCUCUACAUGGUGAGAACGCAGCUUGAGGCCCUCAUAUCGGACAAGUCCGGAGGCCGGCGGACUCUUCGGAAAGACCUGGACGCAGCCACCCUGCAUCAGAUCGAAAGCUUCCACAGAACCAGCUUUUAUUGGGCCUACCUGCUGAACUUACCUGAUUCCCUGCAGAAGUGCUGCGAUCUGUCUCAACUCUGGUAUAGAGAGUUUUAUCUCGAAAUGACAAUGGGAAAGAAAGUUAAUAAAUGCAUGGUGCGUCAUCAGCACAACGAGGAGUGCAACGACCUGGUCACGAUGGAGAAGCGGAUACAGUUCCCCAUCGAGAUGUCCAUGCCAUGGAUAUUGACCGAGCACAUAUUAAGGACCAAAGAACCGGCGAUGAUGGAAUACGUCCUGUACCCGCUGGACCUGUACAACGACUCAGCCCAGUACGCGCUGACCGUCUUCAAGAAGCAGUUCCUGUAUGACGAGGUGGAGGCGGAAGUCAACCUCUGCUUCGAUCAGUUCGUGUACAAGCUCUCCGAGCAGGUCUACGCGUACUACAAGCAGCUGGCAGCCAGCAUGCUACUGGAUAAGCGCUACCGUGCCGAGUGCUUGUCGCGAGGCGCGGGCGUGGGUGUCGGUCCAGGCCGGUACGCCUCCCUACUCAAGCAGCGGCACGUGGCUCUGCUGGGACGGCACGUCGACCUCUGCGCGCUGGUGGCCCAGCGUAUCAACUCGGACAUGCACCGUGCUCUGGACGCGGCCAUAGCGAAGUUCGAGGCCGGGGACAUCACCGGCGUGGUGGAGCUGGAGGGGCUGAUCGCGGUGAACCGUCUCUGCCACAAGCUGCUCAGCCGCUACCUGACGCUGGAUGACUUCGAGGCGGUGCUGCGGGAGUCGGACCACGGCGUGCUGGCCCCGUACGGCAGGGUCACGCUGCACGUCUUCUGGGAGCUCAACUACGACUUCCUGCCGAACUACUGCUACAACGCUGCGACGGCGCGGUUCGUGAAGUGCCGCGGGAUCCAGUUCGCGGCCAACGUGCAGCGGGAGCGCCCGCAACAGUACGGGCACGCGCUGCUGUGGGGCUCCAAGCAGCUCAGCCUCGUGUACUCCGCGCAGUACACGCAGUACAACGGGUUCGUGGGGGCGGCGCACCUGCACGCGCUGGUCCGGCUGCUGGGCUACCAGGGCGUGGCCGUGGUGGUGGGCGAGCUGCUGGGUGUGGCCCGUGGACUGCUGCACGGCUCGCUGGCGCAGUUCACGCGGGCCCUGCUCGCCGCGCUGCCGCGACACUGCCGCCUGCCCAGAUACGACUACGGCUCCAAUGGCGUGCUGGGCUACUACCACGCGCAGCUGACGGACAUCGUGCAGUACCCCGACGCGAAGACGGAGCUGUUCCACGCCUUCAGGGAGCUCGGGAACAUCAUCCUGUUCUGCAUGCUGAUCGAGCAGGCUUUAAGCCAAGAGGAGGUGACGGAUCUGCUCCACGCGGCGCCCUUCCAGAACAUUCUGCCGCGUCCCUACAGCACAGUUGCAGACGGUGAUAAGCCCGAAUCAAAACAGAAACGUCUGGAGGCCAAGUACGCGUCCCUACAGAUCGUCCAUAAUGUCGACAAGUACGGCACCGCCAAGCAAGGUCAGCUGUCGCGCGAGGGCGACCUGCUGACCCGCGAGCGGCUGUGCUGCGGCCUGUCGCUGUUCGGCGUGGUGCUGCGGCGGCUGCGCACCUGCCUCGCCGCGCCCGCCUGGCCCGCGCCCCCCGCCGCGCACCACGCGCACACCGACGACACCAACGAGUUCCACAGAUUGUGGUCAGCCCUGCAGUUCCUGUACUGCAUCCCGGUCGGCGACACCCAGUUUACCGUCGAGGAACUGUUCGGCGAGGGUCUCCAUUGGGCCGGCUGCACCAUCAUCGCUCUCCUGGGGCAGCAGAGGAGGUUCGAGGCGCUGGACUUCUGUUACCACAUCCUGAGGGUGCAGAGGGUCGACGGAAAGGAUGAACUGGUCAAAGGCAUUCCCCUCAAGCGGAUGGUGGACCGCAUCAGGCGGUUCCAAGUGCUGAACUCGCAGAUCUUCGGCGUGCUGUCCAGGCAGCUGUCCGCGGACGACGCGGCCGGCGUCGAGCACGUGCGCUGCUUCCCGCCCCCGCAGGCGCCGCUUACGCUCAACUGAGCCGCCGCGCGACCAGAACUCGACGAAAAUUCCUUUUUUUUUUAUUACUUAGAUCAGCCUUUCCCAAAGUGGGUGAUAACGCCCCCUUAUGGGCGCUGAAGGCCUAAAGGGGGCGGUAAGAGACCCAGAAAAAAAUUGGGGGCGCUGUGUAGAGGUUUGGGAGGCAAUUUGUAAUUUUAUCUAGAAGGACUCUUAGACACCGACUGAGCUCUCUCGCUAUAGAGGUCUUGAAGUAGGUGAUAAAAUGGGGGCGCUAAAAAAUAAUUUAUUCUCAAAGUGGGCAGUAGACAAAAUAAGUUUGGGAACCCCUGGUUUAGAUGGUUGGACGAGCUCACA